AUGUGAGACUCUGUCUCUAAAAAAAACAAAAACCAAGCAACCUCGAAUUCCUUUCCUUGGAAUAAGGAGGAGGCAAGACUUAAGAGGAUCAGCAGUGCCUGAGGCUGGGGUGAGGGAAGGAUGAGCAGUAGAGCCCGGGUGUUGAGGGCAGUGAAGCCCCUGUGGGCUGGUGGACGUGUGUCACUGCACAGCACCCAAACCCACAGGACAGGAUGCACAGUGUGAGGACGAGCCCUGAUGCCAGCUGUGAACAGGGCUCUGAUGUGUCAGGGGAGGCUCAUCAGCUGUGACAAACUACCUCUGGUGGGAUAUGUUGGUAGUGGGGGAGGCAGUGCCUGGGGACAGGGGUAGAUGGGAGAUCUCUGAACCUUCUGCUUAGUUUUUGGGGGAACCCCAACUGCUAUAAAAUGUACAGUCUUCACAAAAAGGACUGGGGCUGAGAGAGGGACUGAGCUCAGGCCUGGGUCUGUGUGGCCCCCUCUGGGGACGGUGUCCUGCACAGGCUGGUGCAUGGUAACUCCUGGCUUUGUGCAGUGCACAACCUAGGCAACUGUCAGGGUGGCUUGUACAGUUGUGGAUAUAGACCAUGGGCUGCAAGUGACCAAGGAUGGUCCCAGCUCCCCGACCCAAUGCCAGGUGGCCUCAGGUAAACUACAGAGCCUCUCUUUCCUAAGAGUCUUCUGAGUACCAAGUUUCUUUCUAGGCUAACAUCCCAGGAGAUAAAACACCUUCUGAGUCAUUAGAGUUGCAGCUAACCACAGCUGGCACUUUUAUUAAAGGGGUGGCAGCCUGUGGAGGGGGAGCAGGAAGGCUCUGGAGUGGUUUUCCUGAUGAGCUGAUGGUCACCCCUCCUGGGAGGACUUAGCAAUGUCUUCCAGGUUGAAGCAGGCUAGCUGGGGUUGAUGGCCAGGCUUGGGGACAGCCCCCAGGGCUGCUCUCCUCCGGCCAAAGCGGCCCACGGGCCUGAUCCCGCGACCUCUGUACCAGGCAGGGUUGAUGUUGGUGGCUGGAAAGGAAAGAGUGAGAGUGGCCCUUGGGCUCGAGGCCCCACGGUGUGAGUUUGCUCCCUGAGGUGGCAGGGCGGGUGCACACACUCAGAGCUCCACACAGGGCCUCUCCCAGUCUCCAGGCCACCCUGGGACCCACACGUGGAACAGGUACCCGAGGUCUGGUGAGGUUAUUUCCGGGUGUGGGGUGGGGUAGCUUUGGGAGGCAGGAAGAUGAAAGCUCACCAGGAUCAACUUCUUUUCCUACCCCCCCCCACCCGGCUGGGCUCUCCGGUGACCACGGAUGCGGCUGAGUUGGGGGUGCCCAGUGGGGUGCUCACCGUGAGUCUCCAUGGAGGGCUGGUGGGUGCGAUGUGCAGCCACCUGCAGGGUAAGGCCCAGCAGCAGCAGACACAGGAGCCAGGCCCUGGGUACCUUCAUCUCCCUCGAUCCUCAGGGGUGGCUGUUGAGCAGGGAUGAAGUGAGAUGCUCAGGAGCACGUCAGCAUCUGCUGGGCUAGGUCACAUCUGCAUGAAUGCAUGGUCACCAGGGAGACCCGGUGAGGCAUGUGCUGGGCUCGGUCACAUCUGCAUGGGUGCAUGGUCACCAGGGAGACCCUGAGAGAUGUGUAUUGGGCUUGGUCGCAUCUACAUGGAUACAUGGUCACCAGGGAGACCCCGUGAGGUGUGUGCUGGGCUCGGUCACAUCUGCAUGGAUACAUGGUCACCAGGGAGACCCCGGGAGAUGUGUGCUGGGCUCGGUUGCAUCUGCAUGGAUGCAUGGUCACCAGGGAGACCCCGUGAGAUGUGUGCUAGGCUCGGUCACAUCUACAUGGAUGCAUGGUCACCAGGGAGACCCCGUGAGAUGUGUGCUGGGCUCGGUCACAUCUGCAUGGAUGCACGGUCACCAGGGAGACCCCGUGAGGCGUGUGCUGGUCUCCGUCACAUCUGCAUGGAUGCACGGUCACCAGGGAGACCCCGGGAGACGUGUGCUGGGCUCGGUCACAUCUGCAUGGAUGAACGGUCACCAGGGAGACCCCGGGAGACGUGUGCUGGGCUCGGUCACAUCUGCAUGGAUGAACGGUCACCAGGGAGACCCCGGGAGAUGUGUGCUGGGCUCGGUCACAUCUGCAUGGAUGCACGGUCACCAGGGAGACCCCGUGAGGCGUGUGCUGGGCUCAGUCACAUCUGCAUGGAUGCACAGUCACCAGGGAGACCACAGGAGGCAUGUGUUCUCCAUAGGUAUAGAGAUGGGCUGUCUGCCUGCCUGUGUGGGGGAAUGGGGAGUGGGGCAGCCUCUGAUGGCUGUGUGUGUUGGACACCCAGGUGGUCAGGCAUGUGAAGAAUUGGAAGUAAGGGAGAGUGAGGGGGCUGGGGAUACUGGCUCUGGAGUAGGUUGGAGGGCUAGGAUCCAGGCCACAGUUCUUUCCCAAGCUCAUCCCAGGACCUCCUGAUUCCCACUCCCAACCUGCCAACCCUGCCCUGCAGGAGGACAUUAUCGGACAGUCAGCAAUUUAGGGUGAGUCCACAUCCUCUGUCCUCAUAAGCCCACUCACCCUCGCCACAACCCCAGACCCAGUCUGCCCAGGCCACAAGUUAAACCUACAGGCAAUGGGAGGAAGGGCUGCGUGGACAGGCUGUACCCAGGGGACCCACCUUUACCCUGCGGGUGUGGACUGCUGACCUGCCUAGACCCGGUACCCUGGCUGCAGGAGACGCCCUGCCCACUCCACCCUUGGCACUUCAGGUGCCAUUGGAAGGUACCCAAGAACCCCCAUCUGUUUCAGGGGACCUCCUGCCCACAGUGACUGUCUCUCCCCUCCUGGGGCCCCAUGGAAAGUGCUCUCCCUCGCGGAAGGUUCCUGUCUGUUCUGCUUCUUUCUAGGGACCUGUGGGUGUGCCACCCGGGCUGGGGUGCGGAUCCCUAACAGAGAGGAAAUGGAGGUGCCACCUUGAACAGCAGUAGAGAUGCACCGGUUUUUACUUGUCCCCCAGGAGGGGACCUAUGCCAGGCGAGGGGCAUCUCAGAAUGUUAGCAGUACUGGGUUCUGGAUCCCCAGAGUUGGAGAGCCUGAGACUUUUGCUGCCAGCCCAGUGGGGUUUCUGGGUCCUGCACUGAGAGCAGAGCUGAACUAGCCGUCUGACAUCUCCACCAAGGACAGUGUUGGAGUGCAGUGGAUCUCAAAGGGAAGGGUGGGCCCUGGACUCCCAGCCCCCAGGAGCAGUUGCUGCAGCCCAGCCGGCUCAGGGCCAGCUCUGGCUGACAGGAGAGCAGGCAGGGUCUCUGGUAAAUCUCGAGUCAUGCCCAGGCGUGCUGCAUGUCCCCACAUGUGCUACUCACCGCGAUCUCCUCUCCGAGUGUGGCAGAAGCGCUGUCCUGGCUCACACAGUGGGGCCAGGCCGGAGCCCCUCCCCUUAUUUUAUAGCCCUACAGAGGAUACAUGGACGCCCCCAGACGCCCUCCCCAAGCCCGUCUGCUGUCCUUGAUCGUAUCCACCUCCUGCACAGGGUGGCAUCAGGAGAGGCCUUUAUUUUAUUUUAUUUUUAAAACUCAUCAGCGACGUGAUUUGUUCCUUCCUGGAUUAUAUAAUUUCAUUUGGGCCAAGUGGUUUUAAAACACAUUAGUCUCCCUCCUUCACGCUCGCCUUCGGGCAGACCGCAGAGUCGAGUGUCACCUGGUCCAUCCAAGUGCGGAGCUGCCAGCCGCACCUUAACAGGACCGUGUCCCUGCAGGCGCUGCUCCCCCCUUUCCCUUCCUCCUCUUCUUUGAGACUUGGUGCUCAAGGGAAAGGUGAGAAGAAAAAGUCACCUAAACCUACUGCUUUUUCUCGAGUCUUGUAACCUGUCUGGGUCUUUGUUCUUUCUCCCCCCGGCUGCUGUGACGACGCGCACACCAUGUUCAUCCUGAUGCUAUAACUUACAAUUUCCCAAGGCUUUUGCAGUCUUCAAUUUACACUUAACAUAAACACAUUUUUUAUUAUUAUAGAGCAAGUUUAGCUGGGAGUUGUGGUGGGCGCC